CUCCGGGAUGUUGAUCGGCUAGAGCCCGCAGGCGCCGGGCAGAGCCUCACUCCUCCUACUGGGAGGACACUCGCGACCGCGAAGGCUGGGGGAUCGCACCCAGAGGCGGCGGCCGGGCUUGAGGCAUGGAGCGCCUCUUGCGCGUGAAAACCUGGGUGGAGGAGAACCGGGCCUCCUUCCAGCCACCGGUCUGCAACAAACUCAUGCACCAGGAACAGCUCAAAAUCAUGUUCGUUGGUGGCCCCAACAUCAGGAAGGACUAUCACAUCGAGGAGGGCGAGGAGGUGUUUUACCAGCUGGAAGGGGACAUGGUUCUCCGAAUCCUGGAGCAAGAGAAGCACCGGGAUGUGGUCAUUCGGCAGGGGGAGAUAUUUCUGCUGCCCGCCAGGGUGCCUCACUCCCCGCAGAGGUUUGCCAACACCAUGGGGCUGGUGAUCGAGCGGACGCGGCUGGAGACAGAGCUGGAUGGGCUCAGGUACUAUGUGGGGGACACCGUGGACGUCCUGUAUGAGAAGUGGUUCCACUGCAAGGACCUUGGCACACAGUUGGCCCCCAUCAUCCAAGAGUUCUUCCGCUCAGAGCAGUACAGAACAGGAAAGCCCAUCCCUGACCAGCUGCUCAAGAAGCCACCGUUCCCUCUGAACACACGCUCCGUCAUGGAGCCCAUGUCCCUGAAGGCCUGGCUGGAUGGUCACCGCAAGGAGCUGCAGGCGGGCACAUCUCUCAACCUGUUUGGUGACACCUAUGAGACCCAGGUAGUCGCGCACGGACGAGGCAGCAGCAAAGGUCCAGGAGAGGACGUGGACGUGUGGCUGUGGCAGCUGGAGGGUUCGUCAGUGGUGAUGAUGGGGGGCCAGCACCUGAGCCUGGCCCCUGAUGACAGCGUCCUGGUGCCAGCUGGGACCUCGUACCUGUGGGAGCGAGCACAAGACUCUGUGGCCCUGUCUGUGACUCAGGAUCCUGCCCGCAAGAAGCCACUGGGGUGACCCUCUCGCUGGGGGUCCAGAGCAGCCUCGGUGCUGUCGUGGGAGCCGUGCUGCCAAACAGCCCUCCUGGUCUCCGCUGCUGUUCCAUGUUUGGCUGCUGAGGACCUGUGUGGCCCUGCCAGGUCCCGACCUCAUGUCCCUCACCCUCCUGCCACUCUCAGCCAGGAUGCCAGGCUCCUGGGACACUAGAGGCCCCCUUUCUCUUACCAGCCAUCAGCCCCUCAGGCUUGGCCAGGUGGUGUGGUGCCCCACCCUCUGUCCCUGCAGCCCACUUGCUGCCACCAGGGAGACCCUCGAUAAGGGCUCCUGGUGAGGCAAGAGGAUUGCAAGUUUGGUUGAGCCUGGGCAAUUUAGCAAGAUCCUGUCUCAAAAUAAAAAAAGAAUAAGGCAGCGGGUGGGUGCUGGUCAGGGCAGAGGGCCUGGGUUCAAUUUCCAGUAUCACACACAAAAAUCCUAAUAAAAUAACAAAGAAUGAGA